GUCACCUGCCAGUUUUGGGGUAUACAUUUUGACAAGAGAGAGCAGAAUUACAGAUGUUCUUGUUGAGAUAGUAGGUGGAACUGUUACGCAUGAAGGGGAAGAAUUGCUUGACUACUUGGAUAAUUCCCUAUUUCGACUAAUGGAUGGGGGACAUGGUAACACCAAUGCAAAUGCUUCAGGAGGAGUUCCAGCGGAUGCAAGAGAUAGAGUUUUAUUAUCAAUUAGUGUGGAUCAUGCCAGUAUAAACUCAAAUCUAUUACUUAAUGAUUUUGGGAAAAAUUCCACUUUUGGUCCCAUGACUUUGAUACCACUUCCACAUUACUCCCUUGACUUUCAAUUUAACCAAAUCUAGUCCGUGACCUUUUCCCGUUCACCACCCGUCGUCCUUCCGACCACAACUCCGACAAAUUUUAACCGGAAACCAAUUAAUGAAGGUUAGUUGCGUCAUUUAAUAGCAUUUAUAGGUUUUCUUAUCGAAAAAAUUCCACUUUUGGUCCCAUGACUAUUAUGCCACUUCCACAUUACUCCCUUGACUUUCAAUUUAACCAAAUCUAGUCCGUGACCUUUUUCCCUUCACCACCCGUCGUCUUUCCGACCACAACUCUGGCAAAUUUUAACCGGAAACUCAUUUAUGUAGAAAUAUUGGGACAUUUUAGUAAUUGUAUGUUGUUAAAACGGCUACCUACAAAAUUAACUUCAAUUAAUAUUGAGUUAAUACGCCGGCUUCCUUCAUUCUCAAAACCUGCUUCCUUAAUACGUCGGCGCCAACAAAUCCACCACCGACGCUGAUUAGUGUCAACACAGGCUCGCAGAAUCACCACCCUUUUCUACCUCUUUCGUUUAGCCACCACCAGUUAAGGAAUCACCCAGCAAAGAGGCAGCUUGCUCAAAGCUUUUAGGGUUGCAGGUUUCCAGCUUGGCUACACUGUCAUAUUUGGGUCAUAUGCUUCCUUUCUAUAUGUUUGUAUAGGGCAUCUGAUCGCACCUCUUGUUGCUCACAUCUUUUGUAAGUAUAUGGCCUUGCCCGUCAUAAAUUCUCCUCAAUCAGGGACAAUAGCAUUGGCAUUUCUAGUUGGGCUGCUGGGAUUCUACCGGCUUCUUUUCCCAUUAACCAGUCCACAACUUCAUAACAAUAGAGCAAGUAGUUGCAACUGCUGGCAUCGAUAUUGUACAUGAGACUAAAGAAGAUUGGACGGCUUGAAAGAGAUUGAUCGGCUCCAUUAUGAAAUUCAAGAUAGAUGGUACUUUCUCUUACUUCAUACAGGAUGCCAGCCACCUAUUGCCACUUCCCACCAUUUUAGAAUGAUGUGGGAGCCUUUGCGGCACUGGGGUGAUGAUGAUGAUAACAUCCUAUCUCAGUUACUAAGGUGGUAAUAAAAACCAUAAAAUACUCUAUUUAGUUGCUAGUUUUUUCGUGAAAAGUCAGAUAUAUAACCAACUAAAAUAUCAGUAGUAAAGUAUUUCGUAUUUAUUACACGGUUACACCACACAAAUGCUCAAAUUUAAACUUCCAAAGUUGGACUCUCACUAUAAAACGUAACAAUAAAUAGAAUGAACUGCCUUUGGUGAUGCUUAACUUCAGUCGCUAUUGAGGAAUUAACAACAAUUCUAUCAAAAGAGCACUAAACUAGAAUUUGGAGUCUAAUCCAGAUUUACUAUGGAGACCACCUGAUACACUUGUAAUUUCCGUAUGUAUGUUUACGUUUUUAGCUAGUUUUGGUUGUUUAGUAUUUCGGAAAUUACACACUUUUGGUGUAAUAGUUUAGUUUGUUGAAUUCUUGUAAAUUGUUUAGAUUAGGUUUAUUCUGAGCUCAAACAGGUCUACUAUCACUCAAAGGACGGUUGGUGAACCCCAAAAGUGGAAGGAAAGUGCAAAGUCACAAGACAAAAGGGAAGAUCCUGAUUUUUGGUCUAUACUCGAUCGAGUAUCUGUAUAUACUCGAUCGAGUAUCUUGUUGAAAUUUCAAAUCGGAUCCGAUCCGGGGGCAAAGGAACAUGCAAGGAAAGAUUUGGCCACGUUUUAUUGUCAUACUCGAUCGGGUACACCGACAUACCCGAUCGAGUAUACAUAUGAAUUUGAACCUGAAUUCGGUCGAGUAUAGCUCAAAAUCAUCAUUCUGCACAUACUCGAUCGAGUAUCUAUCUAUACUCGAUCGAGUACCCGAGCUGCACUCCCAAAAAGCCUAUAAAUACACCCCCUUUCCUUCACAAUAGAUUACCAAUUCCUAUAUACUCUUAAGCUCAGUUUAGAAUAGCAUUUUCUCUAUAUUUCUUUUAGCAUGUUUAGUCUCCAAAUGAGGAGCUAAACUUCCAUUUCUUGGUUUUGCUCUUGAAGCUUGAUUGAUUAUUAAAGUUGUGAGUUAUUUUCUUACUUUCUCCUCUUGAUUAUUAAUUCUUCCCUUAAUCUCAUUCUAUAUCAUUGUUGGAGGGUGGCUAAGUGACGAUUAGUUAACGUUCCAACAUUGAUUAUUACUAGAAACGUUCAAUGAACCGAUGGUUAAACGUUGAAGGUUUCACAAGUAAGUAACUUCGGUUUGUUAAUGCACGGUCGUGGUUAAUAAACUUAAGAGGGAUCAAUUUUGUUGGUUAAACCAAAACCGUUGCGUUGAGGUUAUCAAUCUCAAUUGAUUUCAUGAAGGAGUUAAAGAGAUUAAAUGCUACUAUUAUAUCGGUAUACGGCGUUGUUCUAUAUUUGAUUAAUAGUAAGGGUUAUUAAUGAACGGUCGUUGUUAAUAACUACCCUCGAUGAACUGGUUAUACUCCGCGAUUGAGUAUUCGAGAGGGGAUAAGUUAAGGAUAUAACAAUGAUCGACUAAAAUAUAUCAACAAGUGGAAAGUAGCAAGACCAAGUCCCUUUUAUUCUUGAAUUUAAUCCCAUAUAACUCGUUCAUCUUCGUGUUUAAAUUAAUUAAAUCACUCAACAAACAAGACCCCCCUUUUAUUUACUAUAUUCAUAAAAAGAAAGUUAUUCCUUUCCCUGUGGAUACGAACUCUACUACGCUAUACUACGUAUAAGUGUUGUAUUGAAUAUUAUUUUGAGUGCACCUCACGACAAGUGCACGUCACCACCAUAUUCAUAAGUGCAUCUUUUAUCCUUUUAGUUUGGAAUUUUAUGUGCUUUGUGUAUUUAUUUUAUCUUUAUACAGUUUCUUAACUUCUUUUAACUUUGACUGAAGAUGAGGCGGUUCUUUUUUUGUCAGUUUGCUUCUACUUUUUUUGUCAGUUUGCUUCUCUACUUUUUUCUUGGGUCGGAGGUUUGUCGUUACUCUGAUGAAUUCUUAUCUUUUUCAAUCUUUCUCAUGGUUAUGCUGAUACCUGGGUGCUAGUAAGCAUAUGUUGUUCGUUUUAUUUUAACCAACAUUUUUCAGUUCUGUUUUGCUGCUACUUGUGUUGUUUUAUUAACUUAUUAUAUCCAAAACUUUGAAAUCAAUUUACAGCCUCUGUGAUCAAAGAAAGAGAAGAGAUGUGAAAGCAAGUGUGCAUUUAACAGGAAAAAUGUACUGGCUGACAGUAAAAUGGAGGGUGCCAAGUAAGCUGCUUUAGAAUUCAGAAACAAACAUGAUGUCGAAAAAAUAUUGGAGCAUGGAAUUUACCAGCCAAGAAGAAAAGCAGAAAAAAGAAUUGAGCAUGAUCAGAUAUGCCAGGCCAGCCAAGAAACGUGGAGUUGAGAAAUGGAGCAUGAAAUUUACCAGCAAAACAUGCUAUUUAUAGAGUAUAGAGUUGAAAAUGUCUUCCAUCUGUUUAGUAUAUCGAAUUAGAAGAGUUUUAUAGUUAAUAUACUUUGAUGUUUUGGGUCUUUGUAUUGAGCAACUUUAGUUUACUAAAUUACGAAAGAUUUUUGAGAUUAUGGUUGUUAUCAGAUAUUAUGACUAGUAUUAUUUAUAGAAAAUCGUAUAAUAGAUGUGUGAUAUAAUA